AUGAUCGACCCUUCGAUCGAGACGGAGCUUCGCGCCGUCUUGGAAGACGUGCCCCCGGUCAAUCACGCGUUCGGGUACGGCUCCGGUGUCCUGCCGCAGCCCCUCCGCGACGACGAAGGCCCGAGCGCGUCCGCGCGCGACCACGCGGCGACGGGAUCGGUGGUGGACUUUGUGUUCGCGGUGGACGACCCGAGGGCGUGGCACCGGCGGAACAUGGCGAUGAACCCCUCGCACUACGCCCCGCACCUCCGCGCGCUCGGCGGUGGGACCGUCGCGGCGCUCGCGGACCGCGUCGGCGCGGGCGUCCACUACAACACCCUCAUCCCGUGGACCAAGACGAUCCAUCCGUCAGCCCGUCUCGCGCCGACGACGUUCAAGUACGGCGUCGUGAGCGUGAACGCGAUGUGCGACGACCUCGUGAACUGGCGCCACAUGUUCGUGGCGGGGAGGAUGCAGAAGCCGGUGGUGGCGCUCGGCGGCGCAAUCGACCCGCGGGUGACGGCGGCGCAAUCGAUAAACGCCCGGUCCGCGCUCGCCGCCGCGCUCCUCCUCUUACCCGAGGAGUUCUCCCGCGAGGACCUCCUCGGCUCGUUGUGCGGGCUGUCGUACGCGGGGGACGUGCGCGUGGCGCUCGGCGCGGAGGACGUGGACAAGGUUCGGAGGAUCGCGACCGGAAGCGAGCGCGGGUUGAUGGAGAUGUAUCGCGACGCCGUGAAAGUCGUGGGCUCCGACCUCGCGGGUCUGACCAUGGGACGCGGCGGGGAGGUUUGGAGUCGGGACGGGAGCCCCGCCGCGAGGUCCGCGCUGUUCGCGACGCUGCCGAGGGAGACGCUCCACAAGACGAUGUCCGCGCGCAUGCUGGUCAAGUUCGAGGACGCGGGGGGUCGAUCCGCGGUGGAGUCGCUGAGGGAGUGCCUGCGAGGGACGGUGAGAAAAUCGAGCCUGAGGCAGCUCCUCGCGGGGUUGCUCGCGACGAGCCCGAGCAAGUCGGCGCGAUACGCCGCGAGCAAGCUGUUCAAGUCGGCGGCGUCGAGGGCGAGGUGA